CGGUUGUCGUCAUUGAUUGUGCUCAAGCGAAAGUAUACGUCAUUUCUCGUAUAUUUUCGAAAUUAUCGAACUCCGAGCAGUCGGGCAACUCGAAGCACCUGAUGAGAUGUUCCGCAGCAGCCCCGAUGUCUGCUAUGGCCAAAAUCCCCGGCAAAGCAUCCAAAAAUUUAAUCCCCACUUCGUUCGCUUCUGUGAAACGAGAAGAAAUGGACUUACCUGACAGGAUCUUUAGACAUGUCCCCAGGACAAGAACACGAGAGAAGUCUUACACUGCGCAGUUCCCAAUCACAAGUGUACAUGAAACGAGACACGGACCCAAUUUCUAGUAUUAACUCAAGAUGCGGUACACAUUAAUUGUUGCCAUGUAGGCUCCACAUCCGGUCCAAUAUUUUAUACGUCUUGACAUGUUGGGUUAGUACAUGGUGGGGUGAGGAGUGAAUGAAGGCCUGGGAGCAAAUGGAUUCGGGGACUUUCAUAUCGAGGCCCUUGGGAGUAUCCUCCGGGGCUCAGCCAGCUUCUUGAUAUGCCGUAGCAGGUAUGGAAAACCCCAAACCCUCGAUGAACUCUAAUCUUUUUCGGAGGUUCCUGAUUUCUUGAGGUUCUCCUUUCUUUCUGCGCAAUUGCACUUUAUUUACUGAAGUCCAAUAUUCAUUCUCAUCGCCGGGAUUUUCUCCACCGAGCCUUGAUGGUGUCCGUACUUCCAGAUUCCGGGUCAUUAUUCCACAAUUGAGACACACUAGAGGGAUGGGCUUCGACCCAUCUACGUCUCAAAGCCACAACUGAUCUCCGUUGUAAAAAUGUACAGUACGUGAAGCUGUACGCGACGAUGAAUGCAUUUGUGGGGGGGCUCGAAGCAUUUGUUGUUCCAACCUCCGACAAAAGAGCAUUUGGAAACAUUCGGCUCAUGCACGCAAUGCAGUGCCAUGCCAUGCACGUAUGGAUUGGGCUGUAGAGUACGUCUGGGGAUACGGAGUAAUGUGUUGAUACGGAUUAGAGCACUCAUGACGAGAGUCAGGAGGGACUCUGGAGCGUAUGAAGAAAGUCCGAAAUCCACAUCAAGAAGAUCUACUCUCGAGAUCAUCCAUUCAUUCCCUAAAUCGUCUCCUGAUCAUGCCCGGAUACGGUUCUGGUAAUUACAAGAUCAACCUCGUGGGACCGUCUGAGCGACUCGCCGAGCUCCCCGGAUUCUCACGUGCCGGAUCACAGAGUGGAAAUCACAGAGGGCACGACAGUAGCACAUUCGGCACAAGAACGAUCCGAAGCACAGUGCGCACUGUGUUAUUGUACGGCGGAAAAUUUGUGCACCCACACAUGAUCAGGCGCAUUACAUUACUGAGAUGCGGCGCUCUAAUCUCCAUGAGCGCCGAACAUUCAAAAGCCGAACUCCCCAAAUCACCGCCCUCAUCUAGGGUUCGUUCGGCUACACGUUCUCUGACUGCGAAAGCCCUCCGCUCGCCCCAGUGGCCGACGAGGAAUGUGCCUGACCGACGUCUGACUUCACCCCGCACUCUUGCCCAGUGGCCGCACAUUGGCACACAAGUGCGUGACUUCAGACUGCACUGUACUUUCGGCCUAAUAAUCUAUUGCCAAUCGCCGCCCCCCAUUCCGCGAGUUCCACUCCUUUCGCGUCAACGUGCGCUCCUCAGAACCCCGUGGGCAGCACUCCGAAGGCGUCGAUCGUUCCACAAAUCGGUGUCGGAGAAAUCCGCGAAAUAUUCUCCAUCCCCAGUCCGGCCCCUCUCGCCAUGAUUCUUCUGCGUGUGAGCCUCUGGAUCUUCAGGAGUUUCGCAGCGAGCAAUCUGCGAAAUGUAGAGCGAAUGCGAACGCGACGGGCCAAUGGCGAGUGGCGAAGCAGGCAGAAGUUCAGUUGGGGGCAGUUGCUUCAUGUCUCCUCUUGUCAAGUUGACGUUUGAACCUUCAGCUUCAGUCAAUCGCUUCUGACCAAUCUGCGAGGAGCACGUGUUCGCGUUCUCUUCGAGGGGUCCCUAAUGUGGGAAAAGAUAAGAUAAUAAUUCCGAACUGAUUGUGAUUCUUUUAUAGAUUUUUUUCCUCUUCAACCGUCAGAGGUACUGUAUGAUUGUCCCUUUUCUUGCAACUGUCUCUCACUUCUCCUUGUAUAACAUAAAUUGUACUUUCUCCAUCUCCAGAUGUUCUCAGUGGACAGGACAUCGUCAUAGCAUGUACUUUUAUUUCUUCUAUCAACUCUACAGGGG